AUGGACAUAUGUACCGUUAUUAAGGCAUGCAAUUUUGCAGCUGAACGUCAUCGCUUACAGAGACGAAAAGAUGUUUCGCAAACGCCUUACAUCAAUCAUCCCAUCGGUGUUGCAAAUAUAUUAACCUCUGAAGCUGGUAUAACGGAUAGUGCAACGAUUGUAGCAGCGCUGUUACACGAUACCGUUGAAGAUACAGCUACUACUUUCCAGGAAAUCAGUGGCUUAUUUGGCGAAGAGGUUAGUCGGAUCGUGCAGGAAUGCACUGAUGAUAAAAGUUUACCGGUUUCCAUACGGAAACAGUUGCAAGUUGAAAAUGCAGUAGGACAUUCGCAUAAGGCAAAAUUGGUCCAUCUUGCAGAUAAACUUUAUAAUCUGCGGGAUUUGGAGCGCGGUACACCGAUUGGUUGGAAUGCACAAAGAGUAAAAGAAUAUUUCAUGUGGUCAAAAGUAAUUGUAUCAAAAUUAAAAGGAACCAACGAAGCUCUGGAGGUUGCUCUCGAUGAUAUUAUUGAUAGAUAUUUGUGCAAAUUCUGA